AUGCGCUCUCAUCGGACAUUCGCGCUCGUUGCCCUGGUUGUGGCUGCCACUGUUUCCGCUGCACCGACUCUCACUGUUCGUCAAGAUGCAUCCAAGACAGUUCCUCACACGGGCGUCACUCACUCUGUCGUCGCCGGCCUUGCUGGUCUUCGCUUCGAUCCCGACAACGUCGUUGCCGAAAUUGGCGACGUCAUCGAAUGGCACUUUCUCCCGAGGAACCACUCCAUUGCGCAGUCCAACUUUGGUAAUCCGUGUCAGCCUCUAGCAGAUGGUGCCUCAUUUUUUGCCGGAUUCAACUUUUUCACCCAGCAGGGCCAGGCCCCGGAUGUGUUCCAAAUUGUUGUCGAGGACAAAAAGACCAUCUGGUACUACUGUCCCCAGCAGGGCGGCUCACAUUGUCAGAACGGCAUGGUCGGUGUCAUCAACCAGAACUUUGACAAUCAGAGAUUCAGCCUUGCCCGUCACAAAGAGCUCGCUGCCAUGACUGGUGUGUCCGUCAUUCCGCCAGUUGUUCAGGGUGGAAAGGUCAUCAGGAACCCAAACCCCAACGGGGGGUUUUAA